CGCAGGUCCAGUGUCUAUAAUAUAAACGAGAUUUACGCAUGCACUACGCAUGCAUUUGUAUUUUGUACAUUGUAUGUUUGUUGUUUGUGCGCUUCAAAAUUUUCACGGGAUCCACGUUUGGUGUUUUUCGAUUAUCGUUAUUUUUUUCGAUUCGUUUACGUUUCUAACUUGAGUGUUUUUUCUUGUGAAUUCGAAGAGUGCGGUGCACGAUUUGCAGAUUUUUUUCAUGUAAGUAUAAUUUUUUUCGAGCACGCGGAGGUUGCAGUUCGACAUGGGUGACAUCGAAGAAUACCCUUUCCUUUUCAUGAAUACGCCGUCGUCACUGCAACUCCUGGCGUCAACCGAAGUGGCGUUAAUGUUAUGGCAAUUCAAAUGUGCAGCUUCAGACGUUUAUAGAAAUGGAUUCGGUUGGUAUGGGUGGGAAAAAGAAGUCUUCGGCUGCGAAGAAAUACUCGUUGUUCGGGUUCCGUCUCGAAUCAGAUCACAAAUAGACGAAAAAAUUUCCGCGGUUGGCAAAGAACUUAUACAUUGGAAGACUUUCCACAGUGACGUUUUUAGAUACCGAGGAACAUUUUCCAAAUGUAUUAAGCAUAUGGUCUUAGAUUUUUCCGGAACCAUUGAUUACAAAGCGACCGCGAUGAAUAUCUUGAAUUCGGGUGAACUCGGCGACGUCGGAAAUUAUAGAAUGGCAUGUCUGUAUUAUUUGGAAGAUCAAGUCAGACGGUUUUGGCCUUCGGUAGCAAAUAUAUCACUAAUCGAUGGAAAUUCUUGGAGCGGCGAUCAGCUUACGCGCAGUGUAUCUUACUGGAAUGGUGUCAUGAAAUCAGAAAAAAAUUCGAUCAUCGACAGGCCUAGUGAGCAUUUUAGAGAACGAUGGAUAGAGUUGGCAAAUCGGGCAAAGGAUAGAGCAGCGUUUGAGCAGUUUUAUCAAAUGUUACCAGCUCAUGAAACACUGGAUGAAACUAUUUUUUACCUGAGAAAUUGCGAAUGCCGAGCUGCGAUACGUACAUUACCUACACUAAACCGAGUGCAGGUUGAAGAAGUAUUCGAAGGGAAGGCCCACGCGACGUUUGCAAUUUUAGCCAUGGACCACGAUCAGCGUUUCUUGCAGUUUGCGCGUCAAUCGUGGACUCUCGUGCGACAUUUGAUUUUGGCAGAUGAAUGGAGGUUUGUUUCUGUCCUGUACGUAUUGUGGAAAAUCGCAUUCUGUCCUGAUGGUUUUUUAGAUAGGAGUUAUACACGUUGCAAUGAAAUUAGCGAAUUGUUGCUGGAAAUCUGGUCAGAUGCAUCGGACGAAUUAAAAUCUGCCGUUUCUAAUAAAUACAUUCACAAUUUUCUCGACCAAGAUUUUGAAGUAUUUAAAACGUUGUCUGUUUAUCGCCGCUAUAGUUAUGGUCACGAUAUGAAAUUUAUCAUAGAUAUGCUGAACGUAUCACGAGACGUUGAUAAAGUUUCGCUGUGGGAGAGAAAUUGCCACGGAUUCGCUUUACGUUCCAAAGUUUCGGAUUUCCAACAACUGAUGAGUGUCUGUUUAGCGAAUAACGAAGACGAAGUCGAGUGUUACAAAAGUGAAGUGAUGGGUUUCCAUGAUAUUCAUGGCAUAAUGAUUGCGAACGGAUUCUAUUCAGAUUUCAGAGAUCACCUGUGUUUUUGUUCGAGGGAUGCGAGACACUUUCAACAAUUGGGAAAAGAACUACUCGAUUCGAAUCUAGAUUCUAUUUUACUUCACAACGAUGAUGAAUUCGCUAAAUUCGAGUGGUUCGUUGGGGAGUUGUUUUCAAACGAGAAAAAGGACUUAGAAGAAUUCAAAGCGCAGAUGAUUUCAUCAGCUGGAAGUCUCAGAAACCUGCUCGUAGCACGAUGUAAUAAUAGUAAAAUUCGUCCGAAUCAUUUCAGCACAUUCAUUGGCCGAUUUGUUACCGAAGAAAAUGAAUAUAAUCUAGUGAAAAGUAAAUUAUUAGAGCAGUGUCGUAGCUAUCCGAUGAAAUGCUCACGCAAGGGCAAGAUUGAUUACUUCGACGAAUGGAUAGAAUUUCUCGAAUGGUGUAUUCCGGACCCUGAAGAACAUUCAGCCUUCAAGAAGUCGUAUAAUGUGGAUGGGAUUUUCUUAAAAUUGUUGUGUGAUACUACGUGGUGGUCAACUUCAGAAGAGAUAUUUUUCGAUAAAUUUUUAAAAUGGUAUUUUGGAAACGAAGAAGAUAGCAAAAAUUUCAAAUUAGAUAUGAUAAAAAAAAAUUACACGCGAAUCCAUUUUGUGCGUACCAAGAUGCGGAGUAAGGAUUAUGCUGAUCGUCGUGUGGUGUCUAAUUUGUUGAGAUGGUUCUUUGAUAAUAAUACUGAAGAUUUAUGUAGAUUUUGCAAAAGUUGUAAUUUUAUUCAGCACCCGAAUGUACCAUAAUGAAUAUGAUGGGGGUGAAACUCGAUAUAAUUAUUUUUUUUCUUCAAGGGUAAAUUGAUAUCUACACCUACCUAUGUACUGUACAAUUUUAUUAAAUUCUUGAUAUACUUA